AUGACGCGCACCCAUCCACCAGACUCACCCACCCUACAACAAACCACGCGCAAAUACAUCCACAAUCGCGCCACCAUCGGUUCACCCCAUCCCCCCGGUAACCCACGCGCGAUAAUCGCCCCCACCGCCGGCCAACUCUCCUUCCACCCUAGCGCGUCGCACACAUCCACAAGUCCAGCCCCUCCCAUCCACCGCAAAUCGUCCGCACCACCAGCCCACCCUCUCUCCCCAGUCGGUACACCCGACAGGGUCCGAGCCGCCCUCACCCUCACGAGAUCAACGUCAUUCCCAAACGGGGCCCCCUCAACCCACUCUAGUUUCUCUGACCCGGCACCAUCAGCAAACCAUACAUCGACCUUAGCCGUCUUGCCCAACACGAUUUCCUCGCCUCUCCACCCGAUCCCACUCCCGGCCUUAGAACUACACUUCUCAUCACUCGUCACAGGCAACAAUCUCCCUAACCGCACCGAAAGCCGCCAAGCGAGUCCCACAAGACCCAGGGUCAACCUCCUCCUCCCUCUCACCUCCUCUACCCCUCCGGCCCUCGCUCCAACUACCCAUCCCCACCAGACCCGGCCCACUAAACCAAGCGCCAGGAGAACCAACACUCAACCCACCAACCCCCCACAGACCAACGACACGCACCACUCACAGAAGACCAACACCCCCCCACACACACACCACUGCCGCAAACGCCACACCCGACACACUCUCCCGCGAACCCCCCCUCUCGCGGCAAACCACCCCUCCCAUUCCGAACACCCAAGGAAUCCCUCGAGUAAAUCUAAGGCAUCCUCCCCUCCCGCCCCCUCAGCGCCCCGGCCCCCCUCCACGUCAGCGCAGAUUCUCCCCGUCACCAUUUCCCUUGCACCGCCCACUACUCCCUCACCCGUCAGUCCCUCAACACACCAAAUACCCUCUCAACCCCAGCUCCAAUUCUUCAGCAUCGCCCACGCCGGUCCAGUACCACCCACCACCUCCGCUCGCCGCGCUCACACCUCAGUCCCGCGGCCCACCUAUUGGAUUGUGGCUCUCUCCUCUCUCCUCUCUCUCACUCUCUCUCACUCGUCCCGUCUCUCUCUCUCUCAUCCCUCCUCAUCUCAUACUCUCUCUCUCUCUCUCUCCUUCUCUCUCUCUCUCCUCAUCUCCUCCCCAACACAGCCUCCUCCUCCCACUCCUCUCGUCCGAAUCGCCGCUUCUCUCGUCCAUCCAACCUUUCAAAAUCUCCGUCUCCCCUCUCCUACUCUCCUCACUCUCUCCCCCUCCCCUCCGCUCUCCCUCCCGUGCUCGUCCCCUCCCUCCAUCAGCAUAGACGCCAUCUCGGAGCCAAACUCCGCAUCCCCACGACCGUCAAUCAUCCCUCUCUCUCGCACCUCAACACUCUCUCUUCGCUCCUCUUUCUCGACUCAUAGGCCGCUCCUCCUCGCAUCUCCCCCCUUCCUCACUCUCCUCUACCCCAUGACUCUCCGUCUCUCGCUCCCCCUCGUUACCUCUCAUCAUGUCUCAUCCCCACUCCCGUCCCUCUCUCCUCCCACCUAUCAAUCCGGUCCCUCCCCCACCAUCACCUCAUCCCUCUCCUCCAGCCCUCCCUCGCCUCGCGACUCCACUCCCACUCCUCUCUUCCGUCGCUCUCUCCUCCACUCUCGCCUCCCUCUCAGCGUCUCCGCUCCUCAUCUCUCCCUCGCCUCUCUCUCCUCCGGUCUCAACCUCUCUCCUAACCACCUCCGCCCUCCUCCUCCCCUACUCCAACGACUCCUCCCUCCCCACAUCACUGGCUCUCCCUCCCUCCUUCAUCCUCGCUCUCCAUCACCCCCCGCCGCCUCGACUCCCUCACGCUCUCCUCUCCCCCCCUCUCCCCCCCUCCUCCUACACACAACCUCUCUUCACCGACUCAAUCCUCUCCCCUCCCUCUCCUCUCCUCCGCUCCUCCUCGGUACACCUCCCUCUCCAAGACCUCCUCCCCCCCCCUCUCAACUCAUCAUCCUCCCCCCCUCACUCCUCUCUCCUCCACCCUCUCGCCUCUCAUCUCCCUUACCCCUCCUCCCCUCGCGCCUCUCCUCUACCCCCCCUUCCGACUUCCCAUCGUCUCACUCUCCCUCCUACCUCUCUAUCUCCUCUCCUCUCAUCUUUCACUCCUCGAUCCACUCCCCUCCCCUUCUUCUCCCCUAG